AUGAUUCCGAGUCCCGCAGCAUCGAGCACACCAUUCUCUGUAAAGGAUAUUUUAAAUCUAGAACAUCACCAGCAAAAACAACGGAGUCCAGAUCUCCUGAACGUAUCUCUGGACGGUCUACCUUCUUCUUGCAUGUUGGAGCCAGUAAAUCAGGCCAAAUACACUCCCAGCCAAGGCCUUGGAGAUGAGGUGAUCAAAUUCCCUGGCCAAAGGAAUCAUGCAACACUUUCAUCUAGUCUGGAUAUAAACAAUGCCCAGAACUCCAGCGAACUGCGGAUGGACUUCUCUUUCCAAAACAACCCUCAAGAUCCAGAAGCAAAACCGAUGGAAAAGAGUAUAAUACCAGGAGGGAAGAAAAAUGAAGAUUUCGAAGUCCCAGUGCGGAGAAUUCGCCGAAAACCGCGGGUCUUGUUUUCUCAAGCCCAGGUCUACGAAUUGGAGAGACGAUUCAAGCAGCAAAGAUACCUAUCCGCCCCCGAGAGAGAUCACCUGGCAAACGUGUUAAAACUUACCUCGACCCAGGUCAAGAUCUGGUUCCAGAAUCGCCGAUAUAAAUGCAAGCGGCAGCGCCAGGAUAAACACUUAGAGUUUGGCGCAUCCCCUCCUGCUCCUCGCCGGGUUGCGGUGCCUGUGUUGGUUCGUGAUGGAAAGUCUUGUCUGGGAGCACCCCCUUCAUACAGCACCCCAUAUAAUGUUAGCGUCGCCCCAUACAGCUACAGUAUUUACCCCAGCUGCAGCUCCGGCACCUGUGAAGGAGACUACAGUUGCAUGUAUUCGAGCAUGCCUCCGGUGCAACAAAGUGCCUCUGCCAGUCCUUUUGUCAAUAUGAGCAUGAAUUUCAACGUUGGCAACAUGAGUUACCCUGCAACACAAUCUCAGGCCCACCAAGGCGCAGGGAUGUCGGCUUUGCAAGGAAACUUCCAUGGAAUCAGAGCUUGGUGA